UCAGUCGGUUUGAUGUCUGACACUGCGUUUAUACUUUAUUAACUUGACUUAAAAACGUUAAAAGACACACGAUAAAAUAGUCUAUGUAAAUGCAGUUUAUUAACGUUUAGUGUUCUUGACGGUGUUGUUCAUUUUAUCCCGAGCUUCGCGUGUUCAGCACUGAGCUGAGUAGUUUUGACAUGACGAGUUUUGACGUUAUCUGUGAGAGGAUUCACGCUGGCCACGCUCCGCGGUGGUGCGCACGGUGGGAGCGCGCCACCGCCUGUGUCGCGUGCGUCGUAGAGAUGAUAGACAGGCCAGAUGUGUCGGCUGUGCGCAAGCGCGCGGCGCUGGUGUGCGUGACGCGAGCGGAGGCGGUUCGCGAGCUGCUGUACUGUGAGGAAACCCGAGGAGUAAACUUCACAUGCUCACUACUACGGAUGUUGUCUUGUUGUGUGGAGUUAACUCUGUUGGAUCAGGCAGUCGAGGUACUGCUGCAGAUGACUUUAGACAGACCACAGUUUCUACACUUCAUCCUGGAUAACAUACACUCACAGUUGAGUGAUGGCGGCCGUCUGAAUGUUUUCAUGUUUUUGGGGAAACUGAUGGACUGUCAUCCAGCUCUGAGUCAGACACUCACCUCCAGCCACUUGUGUGUGCUAGAGUGUGUGUGUGCAGGUCUGCUGGUCUCUGAUGAGGAAGUGAAGGUCGCUGUGUGUUACGUGUUGUUCAGAAUCUGGAGCUCUGCGUCUGCAGUUCACAAGCUGCCCAACACACUCCGUGACAAAAUGUGUGUGUUACUGCUACACACACUGUCAAACACACAAACAACCGCCCUCACCAUCAACUGCCUGGGUGUGUUGAAGCAGAUGUUGCAGUACUCUGAUGUGGUUUGUGUGUUGAUGAGUGAGGGAGAAUGUGAUGAAGAACAGCUGCUGGACCAACAACCACUGCCUCUCAUUAUAAAAAAGCUGUUGUUGAGCGCUCAGGACUCUGUGCAGUUGGUGUCGAUUCGCUGUGUGUGUGCGGUUCUGAUUGACUCUCCAGCUCGCUUCAGUUCCUCCUUCAUUCAGGCAGAUUUACCUGAGUUUCUGUUUGAGCGUGUGUGUAGCAGCAGUGAGAUGAUGAUGUGGUGGAUCUUCAGAUGUCUGUUGCUCAUGUCUGAGGAUCCUCUGUUCUUCUCACAGUGUCACUCUGUGUACGGGAUUGAGUCAUUAGUGCGCAGCCUGAAAGAGACUUUGGGGAAAGCCAACACUGAGGUGCAGAAACAAGGACUUGAGCUCCUCACAGCCAUACUGGACAGGCAGCCUGCAGGUGUGUGUCUGUUCCCCACAGGAUCUGAGUUUUCUGCUGUUGCUGAUGUCAUCAUUAAGGGCGUGGCCUCCUCCUGUCUGCAGGUGUCUAUACAUGCGAUGCGAGCCGCUGCUUUUCUCCUCAGGCCUCAUCAUCAGUGCAGGCCGGUUCAGUGGUCAGAGGUCAGGAGAGUUGUGCAGGCGGUGUUGUGUAAGUGCAGUGAUCAUCCGUCAGAGAGAGCUGAAGGGUUUUUACUGCACACGCUCGCAUGCUUUGAUGCAGCCUGCCGGCUGGCUGAAGUGUAUGUGUGUGAGUGUAGUAUGAAUGACAGUGUGUGUUCAGCUUCACAACAGCAGGACACACUGGACACUCUGUGUGUGUAUCUGCUGCACUGCUGUGAUUCAACCUUCAUCCCUACUGUCACUAGAGUGUGUGAGCGUCUCUCUUCUCCGCAGCUUCUGCGGGUCUUUCUGUCGAUUCUGUGCCGUCAGUUUUCUUUGUGUCCCGAUCACAUGACUUCCUUCUCCAGGAAACUCGUGUCCUCUGGUUUCAUCAGACUGACUCUAGAGAACAAAGCUCAGCUGUGUUCAGAAAACAGAAAAGCUUCUCUGAAUCUCAUCUGCUGUGAGUUCCUCAUCAAACUCUGCAUGUGUGUGUUUGCACACUUACACAAUGUCACCACUGAACUACAAGAUCAUGUGGAGUGUGUCCUGCAGGAGUGUUUGUCGUCUCUGUGUUGCUCAGUGUCUGAUUGGUGUUGUGUGUUGUUGGAUUCAUCAGAGUCCAUCAGAAACACACAAUACUGCAUCAUUUACCUGCUGUACGCAUCACUGCUGCAUGGACACAGGCUGUUGUGUGACGCUGCAGUGUUCUCCAGUGUGCUUCAGUUCAUCAGUGUUCAGGAUGUCAGUGAUGUGUCUGUACCUUCACCCGUGCAGUGUUGUGUAGUUUAUCUUCUGUCUGUCACACAUCACAGCUGCCCUCAUGUGGACACGUCUGCUGUGAAGAGCAUCAGUAAAGCUCUGUCCUGCUCUCCUCUUCUCUUCUCUUUCUCUUCUGUUCAUCCCUCUAUCCUGAGCUUCAUCUUCUGUUACCCGGAGCUGUCGGAGCGAUUGGGAGUGAGGGUUCUCACCGGAUGUCUCAGUGCUGGAUCAGAAGCAGAGGAUCUGCUGCAGCUGCUGCGUGAUCGUCCUGCCGCUCUGCUCUCGAUGCUGGUGGUGUUGUGUGAGGCUGACGCUGCAGUGGCACACAGAGCUGAAGUUGUGUUGAGGUGUCUGGUGUGGUCAUCUGACCGCAGCAGUAGUUGUGAUGUGUCUCAUCAGAUGAAGUCUGCUCUGCUGAAUCUCCUGCAGAAACUCACACACACAGAUUUCAGAGUGUGUGUGCUGCUGGAUGUGCUUUCUGUGCUUCAGAGUAACACCACCGCACAAAGUGAAAUGAAUCACACAGACUUUAAACUGCUUUACCACGUCUGUAAUCUGGUUGUGAAGGUGAACUCCAGUGACUCAGAGCUGCUGUUGUCUGUGUUAAACUGCCUUUAUUGUUUCCUGAGUGUGUGUCCGUCACACUGCACUGACAGAGUGGUGUCUCUGCUGCUGGGUAACAUCAGACUGAUGGAGGUGUUGGAGAAUGUUUUCUCUCACUCUUCAUCAUCAUCAUCAUCUCUGCAGUGCUGUUCACUCCUUCUGCUCGCCACACUCAUCUCCCUACAACACACACUCUCUGCACAGGUUUACAGGAACAUUACAGUAGAUCUUCAUAAGAUAGUGAGACGACUUGCCUUCAGAAAAAGACACACAGACAGCCUGCUGUUGAUGUGUAGUAUGAGGUUGUUGCAGGUGUGGCUGGAUGUAGAUGAGUGUUCUCUGGUGUGUGUGUGUCAGAGCGCAGCGCCCGUGCGGUCAGUAGAUGGCGCUCUCUAUCCGCUCUGUUACAGCGGAGCACAGGCGCUCAUGACAGCUCUGUGUGGACUCAUGCUGCAGAAACAGGAUGUGAUGAUGAGCAGCACUGUGAAGUGUUUGACAUCUUUGAUUGGAUUUCUGCACAGAAGAGACGCUGUCAUAGCCCAACACAUGGUCUGUCAGCCAUGGACACGUUUUCUGCUUUUCUCUUUACUGUCCUGUGGAGGAAUUAUCACACUACACCCGGCUGUACUGACCCUCAUCACACUGCUGGUGUGUGUUGGUGGAGGCUUCUCAGAGUGGAAGACAGAAGUUCAGUCAGUGUGUAAGGAGGUGGAGACACGAGGAGUGACACAAAUCAAAGACAACAGCAUAAACACACUGAGACUGCUGCUUACACGAUGUUGUGCUCUUGCUCCUCCUGAUGAUCUGAAGACUAGGAUGGAGAACUUACUGGAGUCACUUCAACAUCAGCAGCAGUCCUGUGAUAGCCCACCACCUCAACACAUGCUUUGUGUUGAUGGAGUUUGUGUUCUUCUGUCGGAUUUCACAGUCAACACUCAGAUCGUGUGAAUCACACACAACAAACACGUCUGACUCCUCAAGUGUUCUCUGACUGCUUACACUAGUGUUAUUAACUUAUACUGUAACUUUACGAAUAUUAAUAAUUUC